AUGUCGUCCGAAGACCGAGCCUUGGAGAAGGUGGAACCGGGACAGACUGAUGGAGACAUUCCCGAUUCCCAGGAGAUUGACUUCGUGACCUUAGGCAUGUUCAUUAUUGAUGAAAUCGAAUUUCCGCCUCCUAAACCACCAGUCUACAACAUCCUCGGCGGCGCGGGCUCCUAUUCCGCUCUAGGCGCCCGUCUCUUUUCCCCACCACCGUCCUCCAAAACCGUGGGUUGGAUCGUUGACCAAGGCUCUGACUUCCCGCCCUCCAUCACCACCCAGAUCAACAGCUGGGAGACCUCGGCUGUCUUCCGCCAUGACCCUUCGCGCCUCACUACCCGCGGGUGGAACGGCUAUACCGACGAAAACUCCGACCACCGUGCCUUCCGGUACACCACUCCCAAACUACGCCUCACCGCUACCGACCUGACCACCCCACUCCUCCAAGCGAAAGCCAUCCACCUCAUCUGCAGUCCUUUACGCUGCCAGGAGCUCGUCAGCGACAUGCUGGCUCGGCGCAAAGACGCCUACUUCGCCAACCCACCAUCGCAUGACCCGACAGGGGACGGGUACACCCGGCCACUGAUCAUCUGGGAGCCGGUUCCAGACCUCUGUGUGCCCACCGAGCUGCUCAACUGCACCAACACGCUGCCGAUGGUGGACGUGUGCUCGCCCAACCACGCCGAGCUGGCCGGCUUCAUGGGCGGGGACGGGCGGGAUCCCGAGACGGGCGCGGCCGUGGACACGGCGGCUGUCGAGCGUGGAUGCGAGCAAUUGCUGGCGAGUAUGCCCCUGCAGAGUUACACGUUGGUGGUAAGGGCGGGCGAGAAGGGGUGUUUUGUGGCGCGGAACGGGGGGCGAAAGAAGAAGGUUGUUGGAGGGGAACAGUCUGGAAGGAAGAUUGAUGGAGAGGGGGCAGCAGAGGAACCUCCGCGACCAAAAAAGAAGAAAAAAGAGUACAUCCGUGGGGGUUUGCGUCCCGACACCGACAUGGAAGCUCUCUUCGCGGGGUUGAUGCAAGACGAUGAAGGCCGGGUUGCGCGCGAGGAGAUCGAGAUCGACCCGGGCAUCGAGAAAUGGGUGCCAGCGUACUAUGGCGAAGGGUUUACGGCCACCGAAGACGACGUAGACUCGAGUACAAGGGUAGUCGACCCGACAGGCGGUGGCAACACAUUUCUCGGCGGCCUGUCGGUGGCACUCGCCCGCGGCAAGUCGAUUGAGGAGGCAUGUGCGUGGGGCCACGUAGCGGCGAGUUUUGCGAUUGAGCAGGUCGGGUUUCCAGUGUUGAGUGUGGAUGAGGAAGGGAGAGAGACGUGGAAUGGGGUGAGAGUGGAGGAAAGGUUGCACGAAUUCGAGGGAAGGCUGUAG